AUGGCAGCGCCUACCUGGGUCUUCAGCAUGUUCGCAUUCAUCGGCUUCGCGUGCGUCACUGUUCCUCUCCCAUGGCACAUGGAAUCUUGGAAUGUCGGGACAUGCAUGUACAUGAUCUGGACGGGUCUCGCCUGCCUCAACCUGUUCAUCAACUCGGUCGUCUGGAGUCAUGAUGUGCUCGACAAGGCACCCGUUUGGUGCGACAUAUCUACGCGCUUCAUGAUCGGCUCAGCGGUCGCGAUCCCCGCAGCGUCUCUGUGCAUUAACCGGCGUCUAUACCAUAUCGCGUCCGUCUCGACGGUGAUGAAGACGCGCGCCCAGCGCCGGCGAGAUAUUAUGGUGGAUCUGUCCAUUGGCUUGGGUAUCCCAAUUCUAGAGAUGGUUCUUCAAUAUGUCGUCCAGGGGCAUCGCUUCAAUAUUUACGAGGAGGUCGGUUGCUAUCCAUUUACCUACAACACACCUCCGGCGUACCCGUUGGUGUUUGCAUGGCCAGUUGCAAUAGGAUGUGUUUCGGCGGUUUACUGCGCCCUCACUAUACGAGAACUCGCUCAACGCCGUGCACAGUUCAAGGAACUCCUUUCCGCAAACCAGAACCUCAGCUCGGGACGCUAUUUCCGUCUCAUGGGCCUCGCGGGCGUCGAAAUCCUGGGUACCGUGCCAAUCGGGUGCUACUCCAUCUACCUGAACGCGUCCGCGGAGCAAAUCGAGCCGUGGAUAAGCUGGGAGAACGUGCACAGCAACUUCUCGCGCGUGCGGCAGUACCCGUCCAUCGUCUGGCGCUCCUCCACCCUCGGCGAGAACUCGAUCGAGCUGAGCAGGUGGAUCGUCGUCGUGUGCGCGCUCAUCUUCUUUGCGUUCUUUGGCUUCGCGGACGAGGCGCGGAAGCACUACAAGAUCGCGCUCACGUCGGCUGCGAAGACGCUCGGAGUGUCGACGGCUUCGUGGGGAAACGACUUGUAUGUGUUGCCCACAGCUCUUUUCUGCCGUUUUGACUGA